GAAUUUCCCCAAAGGAAAUGGUGUUUGGGGAACAAUGAGCAGGAAGGCGAAAUGUUUUAUGGCUUGGCCAGCAUGGCAUUACUUACAUUGGUAAAGUAGCAAAUAAAUGAAAUAAAUAGGUUCUAUAAAACUGGUAUCUUGUCAAUCAGAUAACAUCUGCAAUAUGAGUUGCCAUUGACAAAUACUGAGGGGGUGAGAUAGAGUUUGAAAAUUAUAUUUAUUAUACAGGUGUUUACAAAGGAUAUCCUCGUCUCAUAAAUCUUCCUUGCAGGAUUUCCCGAGGUCAAGAUACGGCAAGCUACUUAGCGUUAUGUGGAUCUGACAGGCAUACAUGGUGGAAAACACGAUUCUUUAUAACACUAUCAACAAAUAUCUCGAAACUUUAAAACAUGAAUCAUACAAAUCUUUAAGGUUCGAGAUGUAUGUGACUGUCACUACUUUAUGAUGUACAUUAUGUAUGAAAGACUCACAGUUUGUAAAGGUUUAACGCCUCCUUUGCGAGAUGGUCCGGGGAAGGUGCGCCAUCUAGUGUUAACAAAGGGUAUGACAUUUUUUAAAAAAAUCUCUAAAUGUAAAACAAUCUCAAAAUGGCUUUCACAAUUUAUAUAAAUACGAUAAAUGAAAGAAAACGAUUUUUUUUAAUAUUCUCAAACUGUAUAAGCUGCUGCUGUCCGGUAGACUGGUCCCCUCCACGUCCGCCUAUAGUGCUCUGAUGACGCGACUCUGCGACGUGUCAGGAAGUUGUUGUCAACAUGGCGGCCCAGCAGACCGAUGUCGAUGAGCUCUUCGAUGUGAAAAAUGCCUACUAUAUUGGCAGCUAUCAGCAAUGUAUCAACGAGGCUCAGAAGGUCAAGCCUUCAACACCAGAGAAGGAGGUCGAGAGAGACAUGUUUUUGUACAGAGCAUACAUCGCCCAGAGGAAGUAUGCUGUAGUGCUGGAUGACAUCAAGCCCAGCUCCUCACCCGAACUGCAGGCUGUCAGGAUGUUUGCAGAGUAUCGCUCCAGCGACAACAAAAGGGAUGCGAUCGUGGAGGAUCUUGACAAAAAGAUGACAAAGAGUGUGGAUGCGGCCAACACCACCUUUCUCCUCAUGGCCGCCUCCAUCUACUACCACGAGAUGAACUCGGACGCCGCUCUCCGCACGCUGCACCAGGGAGAGAGUCUGGAGUGCAUGGCGAUGUCCAUUCAGGUACUGCUGAAUCUGGAUCGUGUUGACAUGGCAAGGAAGGAGCUGAAGAAGAUGCAGGACCAGGAUGAAGAUGCAACUCUGACCCAGUUGGCUACAGCCUGGGUCAACAUCGCCGUGGGAGGAGAGAAGCUGCAGGACGCCUACUACAUCUUCCAGGAGAUGUCGGACAAGUACUCCUCCACCCUGCUGCUCCUCAACGGCCAGGCGGCCUGCUACAUGGCCCAGAACCGGUGGGAGGAGGCCGAGGGCGUGCUGCAGGAGGCCCUGGACAAAGACAGCAGUCACCCUGAGACCCUGAUCAACCUCAUAGUGCUGACUCAGCACUUGGGCAAAGCUCCGGAGGUAACAAAUCGCUACCUUUCCCAACUGAAAGAUGCCCACAGGACCCACCCCUUCCUCAAAGACUAUUUAACCAAGGAGAAUGAGUUUGACCGACUAGUGAUGCAGUAUGCUCCAACUGCUACAGCAUAACUGUCUGUUGAUGGAUAUCAUUUUAACACCUUGAAGAUUAUGCUGACACACACACACACACACACACAUACACACACACACACACACACACACACACACACACACACACACACACACACACACACACACACACACACACACACACACACACACACACACACACACACACACACACACACACAGCGUCGCUCACUUACUAUUUCUUUGAUAUUCGCCAUUGAUGCAUUGAAAUUGUUGUUAAAAAAAGAAGAAUAUCCAACUUUAAACUUUGCAUUUGAUUAUGUUAAUAUCAAAACAUGUAUUUUCCCACUAAGCAUUCCUCUGAAUUGCAAUAAAUGUUUUAUUACCCUUU